UCGCUUCCUGCUUCCGGUCCAUUUGCCGUCACCACCGCAUUGCACGACGGUUACGAGUCUUGCUCUGACAUAACGAACGUUACACGCUUCCCCUAGAGUACGAAAGUCUGAUUCGAACUUCGCCAUGCCUCGCUCGUUCUGCAUCCCAGGAAUAUUCUUCCUCUUAGCGGCUACCGUCCUGCUCAUCAUUACCUCCAUCAACUUGCCCUAUCUGACCGCGCUGGACUUUGCACGCGUUCACUAUACUGGCAACUCCCUUGGGGUUUCCGGCGGCCAGGGGUCACUCACACAGCUUAGGUUCGGUAUCUGGGGCUAUUGCGCUUACACUUCCAACGGUGCUCGCGUCUGCCCGCACGUUGGCCAUGGUUAUGGCGUUGAGGUCCUGUCUACGACUCACAACAGCGCUACCAUUAACCCUUCGUGGACUCGUGGGCUUGCCGUUCACCCAGUCGCCGCCGUUGUGUCCUUCAUCGCACUCCUGUUCUCCUUCUCCACCCAUGUCACCGUUACGCUCGUCGCCUCCGUGCUCUCCUUCCUUGCCGCUCUCUUGGCCCUUCUUGCGUUCAUCAUUGACAUCGCGCUGUACGCCUGGGUCAAGCACGAGAUGGGCAACCUUGGCGUUCCCGAGAGUACCAUCACCGGCCCUGGCUUUUGGCUCACGUUCGUGGCCAUGAUUCUUCUCUUCCUCGCUGGGUGCACGGUCUGCUUCGGUCGCCGCCGCGAUAGGAUGUCGGGCGCAACCUCGUAUGAAAUGUCUGGUCCCAAGACUGGGUUCUUCUCGCGCUUCAGGCGCAACUGAGUGCUCGGCAUGCCUGUGCGUCAGUGGUCGGUAGGAGGAUGAAUUGAGAAAAGUGCCUGCUUGUGGAUAUUUUGCUGUUGGCUGGACGAUGUCGGCCGGCCAACGUAUUUUUUUUCCAUAUACCUCUGCUCUCAAUUUAUGGAUUGUUUACGUUGCGAACGUGUGCAUAGACUUUUCUUUCUCUUGAUGCUGUCUUAUUUUGUUUACCCUUUGAAAUGGUGAUGACGUCAUAUUACUUUUUCACAAUGUUGUGGUUUCGCCAGAUCAUAGUCAUGAUGAUGCAAAAAUAUGAUUAUAAGAGGGUGCUGACUGG